GGGAAGAAGGAGGAAGCAAGAGCUGCUGCUGCAGGGGGAAGAAGACGGGGAGGAGGAGCCCUGCGCGGCAGCGGCUGCGGCCGCCAGGGGAGCAGGGCGCUGGGACACGGGGCGCGAGGAAGCCGAGCGAUCACCUGAGCCGGAGCUGCGCGGACCGAGCCACGGAUUGGCCAACGGCUCCUUUGAACCCUGCCUCGUUGGUGGCCACUGGAGAAGCGCGGGGGGCUCCCCCAGACAGCCGUGGGGACCAGAUAGAGCCAGCACUUUACCCCGGGCCUCGCGUGUAGCUUCCCCUCCCCCUGCUCUAGGUGCCCCCAGUGUGCGGAGAGGGGGGCGGUGAGGGUGCUGGGGGUGUGCCCUCCUUACAUGUCCCACCCACCGGGCCAUCCUCGCGGCCCGUGUUCCAGCUUGUUCUUGCUCACUGCACUGUGGUCCAGGGAACCUGCUUGCCAUCAUGUCCCGGUAUAGCUACCAGAGUCUCCUGGACUGGCUGUAUGGGGGCGUGGACCCCAGCUUUGCAGGCAAUGGGGGCCCCGACUGUGCUGCCUUCCUCUCUUGGCAGCAGCGGCUGCUGGAAAGUGUGGUGGUCCUGACCCUGGCCCUGUUGGAGAUCCUGGUGGCCCUGCGGCACAUCCUGAGGCAGACGAAGGAGGACGGUAGGGGUGGCCGUGGCUGCCAGCCAGAGCAGGUGACCCGGCGGCCGGAGGAAGGCAAAGAGAGCCUGAGCAAGAAUCUGCUCUUAGUAGCCCUGUGCCUCACCUUCGGGGUGGAGGUGGGCUUUAAGUUCGCCACCAAGACUGUCAUCUACCUGCUCAACCCCUGUCACCUGGUCACCAUGAUGCAUCUCCCCUUUGAAUUGGAGAUUUACUACAUCCAACAUGUCAUGCUCUACGUGGUACCCAUCUACCUGCUUUGGAAAGGAGGUGCUUAUACCCCAGAGCCCCUCAGCAGUUUCCGGUGGGCCCUUCUCUCAACUGGCCUCAUGUUCUUUUAUCACUUCAGUGUUUUGCAGAUCCUGGGCCUGGUCACCGAAGUGAAUUUGAACAACAUGCUGUGUCCGGCCAUCUCAGACCCAUUCUACGGCCCCUGGUACCGCAUCUGGGCCUCGGGACACCAGACUCUCAUGACCAUGACCCACGGGAAGCUGGUCAUCCUGUUCUCAUACAUGGCUGGGCCCUUGUGUAAAUAUCUGCUAGAUUUGUUCCGGCUUCCAGCCAAGAAAAUAGACUGAAGGUGCUUUUUUUUUUUUCUCUCUCCCUGAGGAAAUAAGUCUUGACUUGACUUGGAGAACACCCAGUUCUUGAUGAAAUCAUGGGAGAGGGCAGUAGGAUGUUUGGUGUAUUUCACUUUUCUUCUUUUUUGUCCCUUUUUUUCCGUCAUUCUUCCUUCCCCACCUCUUCCCCCCAGGAUACCUCAUGGAACCUGGGGUAUAAUACUGAUAGUAGGAUUUUUCCUCCCUCCCUUUGUCUUGUUCUCCCUACUCCUAGUUGCCUUACUGGGGAGAUGGUAGUCAGUGGCUCUUUCAUUCUGCUUGUUGGUGCUUUAACAACAGCUGGUUGAGGAGAAAGGAAACAGCAAGCAGUUGUUGUCUUUUGGCUUUGGAGUCAUGAGAUUGGGUUGUGUUUCAUUUCUCUACUGCCAGGGACCUCCAGGCUCAUGCUGGGGCCCCCUUUUGUCUCCAACACAGACCCCACUGUAAGGGAACUGAGGCCUUGUUUCUAUACCAGCAACAAGCUGAGAGCCAAGGGAUUUCCCAGCUCAUGGCCAAAAUAGAACUGGCCAGAUUCUUCCUCAUGGUGUCCCAUGACUCAAAACAAUCAGCCAACCAGCCACUCCCUCCAGGAUGCUGCCUAGGGUAGGAGGUGGGGAAA